AUGUCCGCCCUCCUCUCCGCCCUGAAGACAAAACUCGGCGAGUAUAUGCUCUCCCUUCCGGAUGGCGCCGCCGAAUACGAGGACUACGAGGCCUGGGCGCGAGGUUUCGCCAAGCGAGUGGCUGUUUUAGAUCGCUCAGCGCGUGGGCAAGACCUUCCCGAACUCGCUGACUGGAUUGCCGAGGCCGAGCGUGGCCUCGACCACAUGGCCACCGAUGACUGGCUGGCCUGGGGAACGCGUAUCCUACCUCAACGGGCGGCGCGCUUUGCCACGCAGCAACAGCGACAAGCGGCCGAAGCACAGGCCCUGGAGGAGGAAUCGGCACGGGUCGCUAUUGCCGAACGCGAGGCUGAGGAGGCUGAGGUGGCGCGGGCUGCUGCUGCCCUGCGUGUCGCCGAAGAGGAUCGUCAGCGUCGCCGGGAGGCCUUGGUGGAGGCCAUGUUUGAUGGAUCGAUGGAUCCGGAAGAGGGGGACCGCCAAAUGGCCGUGCUGGAGGCAGAGUCUGCCGGCCUUCUCCCUCUCUUCCUUCCCUCUCCCUCUGACGCUCCCACUCUUUCUGAUGCUCCCGCUCCCGCCGCUUCAUCUUCCCUCCUCCCGCUCCCUGCUGACGCCGGCCUUGCUUCCACGACUGAGGCCCUGGGUCGCAUGAGCGUGGACUCGACCCUCCCUACUCCGUCGGCCGAUUCGAAGGGAAAGCAGCGCGCCGGCGCCGUUAUCGUUGAGUUCGCUCGGCAGCGAACACCAACCGAGGGUCGGGUGGUCCUCCCGCUUCGUCUUGGAGCGGGCCGAAUGUCAACCGUUCGGUCCCCUGUAGAGCGGAACGGAGCCGGGAAGCUUCUUCAGGAUCCCCCAGGCCUGUUGCCGGGUGACGUUCUUGCCGAGUACGCUUGCCAUCGGUGCGCGACCGAGUUCGCCACAGUCGCCCCUCGGUGCUACACCCGACCGGGCCAGGUCUCAUGCCUCAAGUGCGCCGACGAUCGCAAGGGGUGUAGCUUUCAGCCUGGGUGGACGUCGAAGGAGAAGGGGAAAGGCCAGGUGAAGGCGAAGUCGGGUGCGAAAUCGGUGGAGAAUGAGCGGCCGAUGAAGAAGCGUAAGGUGGAGGUACUGGUCCCUGAGCGGUCGGCUGGUGAGAGCAUCGCACGGUCAAAAGCCGUUCGGAGUAGGAAGCCGGUCAAGCGCCUUCUGACUACUACUCAGCGCCUUCCUGUCCCCUCUCGCUCCAGUCGCCCUACUCGCCCGACCUCUACCGCCGCCCCUUCCCCCGAGCUUUUACGCCUGUCACCGUCCAUUGCCCGUGGUGUCGUGUCCGAGAUCAGAUAUCGGAUUGCCGUGGCUGAGGGAUCGCGCACCUUCUUGGCGCGCUCGAUUACAAUGUGGAGAGCCGAGUUGGAGGCCCUUGAGGCUCGGUCGGGUCCUUCAGCACCUUCAGACGUUGUCCUGGUCGAGGAUUUGUCGGAGGCCGAUGAUUCUGGCAGGUCGGAGUCGGGUGAUUUCGUGCCCGAUGACUGA